GGAAAAAAAACCAAACCUAAAUUACCCAGUGGUGGAGAGUUUGGUUCCCCUCGCCCAGGGGAUUUCCUCCGCUCGGGAGAGUUUGUGAAGUCGCUCCGAAAAACACUCAAGUGAAGAAAUUCAACGAGUUUUCGUUCCUUCGUUUUUUUCUAUUUUUUUCCUUUUCUUACGGAGUUAGCCGAACUGUCUACGCUCCACUUCCUCCGGAUGAGGUCAAAUUACGCGAACGUCUUCCGUACGUCAUGAGAUCACGUCCGUCUAGUGAGGUCAACUCAGCACCGGGAGAUUUUGCAAGAACACACACACACAUCACCACGAGUCCAUAUCAGCUGUCAAAGGACUGAGGUGCUGGAGGGCUGCAGAUGGGGGAGGUGAGGAAGCUGCAGAAGAAGUUGAGGCAGAUUGAGAACCUGGAGCUCAAAGUUUCCCUCAAUCCAGAAGAAGCAGUGAAGGUGUCAAAGAAGGAGGAGCUUCGCAGCAGAUUGGCUGAGCUCCUGCUGCAACUUUCUGGCCUGCAGCAAACCCACUGUAUUGUAGGCGAAGAGGAGGAUAAAAUGAAAAGACAAGUAGAGAAUGGAACAGAGCAGGACACAGACCACACUCCUGCUGUGAAGCUGGUGCGUGAAGACCACCAGGAGAAGGAGGAUAAAAGAAAAAGUGUAGCGGAGAAGGAGAUAAAAGAGCGAGAGCAUGGAGGACAAAGCCAGAAGCUCCCAGACCCAGAUGAUGAAUUCACAUCCCUUAAAGCAUUGUGGGAAAAGGCCAAGUUUCGUCUUAGGACUCUAAAAGGUCACAGUGACAUCAUCACCUGCGUAACUGCCGUGGACAACCUUGUGAUUUCUGGCAGUCGUGAUACCACAGUGAAGGUGUGGCAUGUUCCCACGGCAACGGAGCAGCACAAUCUUGGAGGUCACAGCGGUGGCGUCACUUGUCUUAGUACACCACCCGCGGAAUACUGCAGGAAAUUAGCAUCUGCUCUGCAUCUGUCUGAGAAGGAGAGGUUCAUCAUAAGUGGCUCCACCGACUGCUGUGUACGAAUAUGGACUCUCAGUCCUGGCCAGUGUGUGAAAUCAAUCUACACAUUUAAUGCUGUCACAAGCCUUUGCUUCAUAGCGGAGUGGGAUGGCUAUAUCGUGACAGGCUCAGCUUUGUGCAUGCUUGGUCAGUGUCUGUGUAUGAGUCAGCAGUGGGACUCCGGCUGUGUAACAGAUGCUGGGAAGCUGCAAGUGUGGGACUGGCUCUCUCAGGAGAACCGUCAAUCAGUCAACGCGCACCUGGAUGCUGUCACAACACUACAGUCCCAGGGUCCUCUGGUGUUCAGUGGCUCGACUGAUGGGAGGCUGUGUGUAUGGGAGGUGUGUGACGAAGCGACAGAGCCCCUGAACCAGCUGCAGCAAUGGGGGUCAGAGGUCACUGGCUGCAGCAGGGUCGAUGAGGUCAAUGGGAGGCUGAGCCUGAGUGCCCGAGGUGACCACGUCUUUCUGGCCAAUGGGAGAUCCAGUAUCCGUGUGCUCAACUGGAGAACAGGCACAAUGAGGCGACUGACCAAUCACAGCAGCACUGCUGGCAUCACGGAUUGUGUCAAUCAAAUUCCAGGGGUUCUGGUUGGCUCAUGCUUUGACCUCACCAGCGGAGAGAAUACUCUAAACUUGUUUUCUCUUCCACAAUGUAGGUACCUCGUCUCACUCACCAGCUCAGAUGUACCACGAAUCCUUUGUUUUGCAGCGUGGCUCACACCAAGUGGGGGUCAUCGCUGGGUUACAGGCGGCCUUAACCUCACAGUUUGGGAACAGCUUCAAGGAAAUGUUAAAAAGAGAGGUGACGUGAACGCCAGACGAGACAGCCGAUUGGACGGUUCGCUCGCGGAAUCUGACGGAGACUCGCAGGAGGAGGAGAGUGAGGCAGAUGAUGAUGAAGAUGAAGACUCCAUGGCCAUGGAUGCAGAAGAGGUGUCUGGAUGGUCGUGGCUCCGCUGCGUCCUCCAGUGAGAGAGAUAGAGAGAGAGAGAGAGAGAGAGAGACUGAGCCAGAAAGGAAGAGGUAGAACGUGAGGUGUGAAGUGGAGCAGAUUGAGCGGGUGGCAGCAGGGCAGAGAGCGCGGGUAGACAGCAGCUUGUUCUUCAUGUAAAUGUUGCAUCAUGGAGCCAAUAAAAGAGCCAUGCUAUGA